AUGGCAGAAGUUGUGUUACACGGUAACUUCUCGAUCGACGUAUUCGAUCCAACCACCACGGAAUGGAAAAGAUGGCUGCAACGUUUCUUAGCCGCCAUCAAAAUUUUCAAAGUUUCCACCGAGCAACAAGUACUUCAGAGAGCGCUGAGAAACCAACUGGUUUUCGGACUAUCGAGUCUCCAAGCUCAGUCGAGGCUGCUCGAAACAAAAGACUUGACCUUCGAGAAAGCGGUCCAAGUGGCUACAGCCCUAGAACUUUCGGAGAAAGACUCCCGGCAACUGCAAACAGGAACAACGGCCGUCGUGGAAUAUGUGGGCACACAAAACGACAAGUCGGAAGACAAAGGAACGCGGAAGAAGAAACCGAUGCGAGAGAAGACGACCUUUAAGGGGAAGAACGAACCGAAGCGUACAGCGGUCGGUAAACAUAAUGUAACCCAAGCGAAUACGUUUACAAAUGCUAAUGUAGUUUGUUUUAGAUGCGGUGGAAAUCACCUGGCAAACAAAUGUACACGUGAUCGAAAUAUUAAAUGUAAUUAUUGCGGCACGCCAGGACACUUACGUAAAGUUUGUAUGGGGGCAAAGCGUGCAUCUGCGAAUCAAAUCGAGGAGGUUUUGACGGCAGAACAUCCAAACUACCGUGACAAAUUCUUUAAAACGCUCACGGUCGACGGGAAAGCGUUGCGUUUCGAGAUUGAUAGCGGAGCGGCAGUCUCUAUUCACGUACUGUUCCGUUCAAGUUAUUACCUUUGGUCGAACAAGAGUUACAGACUUGUGAAGGACGGAAUACUCGAGAAAGUAAAUACAUCACGUUGGGCUACACCCAUUGUUCAGGUCCUUAAGAAAAACAAUCGGGUGCGACUCUGCGGAGAUUUUAGCGUCACGUCAAAUCCAAAUUUGGUGAUCGAUGAACACCCACUGCCAACAGUCGACGAAUUAUUCGCGGCUAUGGCCGGAGGCACUAAGUUCACAAAAAUCGACCUCGAACAAGCCUAUCUACAACUAGAAAUACGCGAAGAGGAUCGCGAAUUGUUGACCUUGAGUACACACAAAGGAUUAUUUAGAAGCACUAGGUUAAUGUACGGAACCGCGUCAGCGCCAGCGAUCUGGCAACGCGAAAUCGAAAACAUCCUACGGGAUAUACCGGGAGUGUUGGUUUUCUUGGAUGACAUUAAAGUCACAGGGCCAAAUGAUGACAUGCAUUUACGCCGUCUUGAACAGGUGCUAUUACGAUUAGCGGAUAAAAACAUACGGAUAAAUGAAGAAAAAUAUGAAUUUUUUAAAGAUAGUAUCGAUUACUGCGAAUACAAAAUUGAUAAACACGGGAUACAUAAAACUGCUGAAAAAAUGCAGGCAAUUGAGCAAAUGCCACGACCGCGCAACGUAGCCGAGCUGCGUUCCUUUUUGGGCAUGGUAAAUUACUACGGGAGGUUUAUCAGAAAUCUAAGCACUAUACUGGCACCAUUACAUACCUUACUACAAAGGGAAACCGAAUACAAAUGGACGCAAAAUUUCGAACGUGCGUUCCAACUAGCAAAAACAGAAUUCCAAAACGAUACCGUGUUGGUACACUAUGACUCGAAGCUACCGUUAGUCCUUGUGACAGACGCAAGCGCCUAUGAUGUGGGAGCCGUGUUAUCCCAACAGUAUCCGGAUAGUACUGAACGUGUAUUGCAAUACGCGUCGCAAACAAACACUCAACGGAAAUACGCACAGAUAGACAGGGAGGCUUACGCAAUCAUUUUUGGAUUUGAGAAAUAUAAUCAAUGUUUAUAUGGACAUAAAUUCGUACUCAUCACGGAUCAUCGUCCGGAUACACCUUCAAGAUCAAAUAUAGAAAUACAAAACUACAUGGCAACGCUGACUGUCUAUCUCGUCUACCCGUUGCGUCAACGUCUACUGCGGAGUGUAGACGUUUACGAACUUGAAAUUAUGCAUAGUAUACCGAUAACUACAGAACAAUUAGCGCAAGCGACAGUUAAAGAUGCGCAGUUACAGAACAUUAUUAAAGCACUACGCGAAAAAAAAGAAAUACCUGCCAAAUCACGUUUUAAAAUCAACCAAGCAGCAUUUAGUAUACAACGCGAGGUACUCUUAUGUAACGAGAAAGUUGUAAUCCCUACGGUUCUACGGACCCGUAUUUUGCGCGACUUAUAUAGAAGUCACUUUGGAGUGGUUAAAAUGAAGGCAUUGGCAAGAAGUCUCUAUUGGUGGCCAGAGUUAGAUAAAGCUAUUGAGGAGAUGGCAAGAAAUUGCACGAAGAGUACAAUAGAUGCGUGUAAGAAAAUCUUCUCGGAUUUUGGAACUCCUAAAACUAUGGUAAUGGAUAACGGGCGUAACUUUCGCAGUACAGAGUUUACACAAUUUUUGGAAUCUAAUGGAAUUUCACCUAAGUAUACGGCCCCAUACCACCUAUCUACAAAUGGGCAAGCGGAAAGAGUCACACCGCAUUGUACCACAGGAGUUGCUCCAUCUGAGAAGAUGUUCAACAGAAAAAUACAUACUUAUUAUAACACAUGCGUUCUUAACAAAGAAAAAAGAUUUUCAAACGCGAGCAUAAACAAAGGAAUUCGCGAAAUUGCGGUGGGGGAAAAGGUGCAGUGCCGAAACUACAGCGGAGGUUCAAAAUGGAAACAAGGCAUUGCUCAACGUAUCGGCAAAUUACAUUAUAAGAUCACGCUGGACGACGGCAGAACGUGGGAGCGGCACAUUGAUCAAAUUCUCCGAUCCGGAGAACAUCAGAACAUUUGCGAGGAAUCAUUGAACGAAACGGAUCCAAACACGCCAGAAGCCGACGGCGGCACAGUAACACUAAAAGAAGCUCUACAGCCACCAGCGGAAGUACGAGACCGGCCCUCACCAGGACAAGGGGAGCGUUCUGUACGCGACCGACGACCUCCAGAGAGAUAUACGGACCUCUCAUGGAAUCAGAAGUAA